AUGGCGGCGCAGGCGCGACCAGGGAAUAUACCUUUUGCUGUCUCAGCAAAGACAGCGCCGCCCAAAGAGAAGAUCAGGACUUGGACUCGAAAAGGGUUAUGGCAAGCGAUCGAAAAUGAGGGGGAGCGGAACUGUACCAGAGAGACGUUUGUGUACAACCUCAAUUCGCAUCGCGAAGCGCUUUUGGGGGGCAUUGGGGGGUACAAGGCGCCCAACGAAGAGUCGGCACGGAAAGUCAGAGAGCGGGCAGAGAAACCAAAAGCAGACUUCCUCGCCAAAAUGAGCACGCUCAUGCAUCUGGAUGCAGUGCAGUGCGAGAGCAUAUUGGAAACAUGCAUCAAAGACGAUCUGGAAGCUCCGGCGGUGAGGCGGCGGAUAGAUUGGUCGCAGAUGAAACAGAUCAAUUACAACGAUGAGAUGCUCGUCGUAGCAAUGCAACAGCAGUACCUGAAUGAGAGGGAGGAGACCCUGCUUGCGCUUGUGGCGAUAAUACGGGCUGCAGACGACGAGGAACAUCGGUUCUACGAAGAUAUCUUGACAUUUGUCCAGGGGAUGUUCCAGGACAGCGAAGCGGCUGGGGAGCGUCUCUUGAAACAGCUGGACAUUGUUAUUAGUGGCGAGAUUCCGCCUCAAGUAGCGGCGGAUCCUGAAUGGGCGAGGACGUGGGCGAACCAGUUCGUUCGAGAACAACGAGUUCUUUUGCAGAUCAUCUUCUUGGUCUACUAUAGCGUCGCGCCUUGCUCUUCAACGCUAGCUAGUCGGUUCCUUCGCUCGUUGAUCGAAGAUUUUGAUUUUGGUCGGAGUCAGAGCAACGAAUCUCUGCUUAAUGAGGAGGCAUCGGCCAUCACCAAGCAUAUUUCCGAUCUUUGCGUCAUGGUUUCCAUCGAGCUGAUGCGCCUCAACGAGCUGAUCGACGCCACCAAUCUGGACACGGCACCUUUCGCCGACUCGCCGGAUGCUAUCAAACAGAUUUACGGGGCCAUCGAGCACAGCAUUGUAGCGUCGCAUGGGCGCAGUGACCCUAUUGCCCCGGUCAUGAUGGCUUGGGGUGUCUUGAUGCAGGCAGUUCAUCCGUACUUGGAACAGUUCAACGACGGUCCACAGGCGGAGGUGUGCAAAUUCAUCGAGGAGAACGUCAACAUUGGAGUACCAUAUUCGAGGACUCCACAGCUCCUGGUCCAGCAAGCGUAUUUGGCUGGGCAAGCCAUCCCGUACCUUAUUGGCGCGCUGCGGGGCCCAAUGGUGGUGGAUGUUCAUAUUGCGCUAGGAUAUAAGAGCAUCAUCAAGGAUAUGCUGAUGUUGCUUCUCGAGACGGUUGAGGAUGCCUCGGCACUGCCAGAUCGAGAAGUCUUCCUUCAGUGCUUGUCGUGUCUGUUUACAAACGAAGAGCAACUGGGGUUGGAAUGGUGGGAGCACGACUAUGGGAUACCCGAGCGCCGAUCACUGCUGGACACGGCGCGCAGAGCCUUUCCGAUAGAGUUCAGCUCGCUUGUCCAACUCCUGAGCUCGACGAUCAGUAGCUCACGGACAGCCGCGUACGUUUUUCGGUACUUCAAGAGUCUGCCAACGUUUGCAGACUUUUAUCGACCGUACGAUUAUCAGGAGGAUCCCUUCAGAGAAAAUGAGAGUGGGAGUACGUUCUUUGCUUGGAAUGGAUACUCUCAGGGGAUUGUGUAUGGAGCGCGGGACCUCAUUCUGGGGCCGCCAGAGCAGUGUGAAGGACAGCUGAUCCAUGACGAUCCGAAGAUCUUACUCCUUCGUUUCAAUUACUCCGGCUGGCAUCUUCUCUUCAGCAUGAUGGACUCCUUCCUCCAUGGUGCUGGGUUGCUCACGGGAUUGCAACCCUCGACAUGCACGUCAGGCAAACCGGAACACAUCGCAGACAUUCUCAAGCUGCUCAACACCUUCCUCCAGCACGCGGACGAGACUCUACUCAGCGAGUUUAUUGCACAUGUCUCCAUGUUCACAACGACUCUGGCAACCUGGGGUGAAAAGACAGCUGAGCAUUUCGUUGGUCUUAUUUGCCAAGUUCUCAAUCGGGCAUGCACGUUCGCUACUCCGCCAAUCCAGCUCCUGACCUCGGCCAUGACUUGUUUGUCCCUCCUCUUGCCAUACUUCCCCGACGCAGUAUGGAAACAUUUGCGGAUAGAUGGGCUCUUUCCGCGGUACUCGGCCGCGAUCCGAUUGUCAUCCGCCAACAGCUACAUGGAAGAGGUGCUGUUACCAGCGGAAAUCGCUGCGGGCUUAUACCCGACGACCAUGGCCUUUUUGGAUUUAGUGUCGGCUUUGAUCAAGGAUGCGCAAACAUUGCGACCACAAGCUGUUUCGCUCUCGCCUGCGGAACACGAACUGGAAGCCGAAUUCUGGCGUGCUCAAGGCGAUGCUCAGCUGCGAGAAGCGUUCGAUGCGAAAGUAGGGGGUGUGGACAACCGCUUGCGCUUGGAGAAGAAGCUCAUUGCGCAUGCCCGGAUUCGCGACUCCGCUGUGUUGAAGUCAGAAGUCCUCUUCUCGGCCGUAGUCUACAUCCACAGCCAGCUGUUUCCGAAACAUGGAGGAUGGCGAUACGUGCAUCUUCAACACAAGUAUCAGUUGGGCCUGAAGAUUCUGCAGAUCUUCAAUCAGAUCAUGUUUGACUCGUCAUGGGCACAUGAAGAAUCGCCAUCACGGUCUGCGGCUCUGGUUGAUUUCAGCGCAGUGCAGCAAUACCUCGCCCGCGGUUACCUGGCUGACGGGAGCAUGUACCAACUUGCGCCGCUCAUUGAUAUCGUUUCCCUGGGUAACGACGUGCCGCUAAGGUUUUAUCGUGAGCUUCGGAUGCAGAGCGCUCGCACUUCGGAAGAAUGUAUCGAAAAUGCUCUUCUGUUCGUGAAAUCUUUGCUGAAGAGAAGAAAGCUUGGCGGGAUGAACAUUUCGCUUCUCGAACACGCGCUCUUGGACCGAACGGUUCAGACGAACGGCACGCAGAGCGAUCCCGUGGAGUUGGUGCAGGUUCUUGGGCGUUACAUCAGCUAUCAGAAUCACCGACCAUUACCUCUCCUUGCUGCGGAAGUCCUCACACUCCUGUGCGCCGUAGCAGCUGACUGGCAGCCGGCUCAACCUUCGUUCGCCGGUUACCUCGGCCUUGAUGCAUAUCACUUUGUGUCGUCGGUAAUCAAAGGCCUAACGGAUACUUCAUCUUCGGCCAGCAGUUCCGAAGAACUUCAAACCGCAUUAUACAACCUAGUCACGAUAGUCAUUGCGACACAACCUGGACUCGGAGCUAUGCUGCUGACCGGCGAAGCAGCACAACCGACCUUACCGUCAUCGGUGGCCGAGUUAUAUGCAUCCACCAGUAAACCGCCGUCAGGCAGUUCCCAGGACCUUCCCGAACUGUCCGUUCUCACCCCGGCACUCGCCCUGCUGACGAGAUGGAAGAAUGUUCUCGACGAAGCCCCCUCCACGCUACCUGCUGCGAUGCGACUCAUGGACGCGUUGUGGCAGAAUGCCCCACAGUAUAUGGUCAUGCUGGAUAAGCUACGCGCCCGAGCAGAGUUUUGGUCGUCGCUCGACGAAGUGUUCAGUGACGAUCCGCCCGAGCCCACGGAAGAGCCGCUCGUAGGACUGGAGCCUCGAUCCUUAUCCGAGGAGCACACGCAGCUUCGACGGUUCUGUUACGGGAAACUCGUGCGGACCUAUGCGCUCCGCAUCCUGGCCUUUGAGGUCUACUUCUCGAAAGGCAUGCAAGGGAAUUCUGCAGCCUUGAGGGCCGUCAAAACGGUAUUCGAGAAACAAAAUGCACAAGGCCAACUCGCGCUCUUUACCGAUGACUCCACCUUACCUAUCAAAUCAGACCUACCGCUGGAAGUACUGGAUCUGGUCGGCCAUCUCAACAUCCCGCUUUCGCUGCCAGCAUAUAAACUGCUGAACUGGUCGGAUGAUCUCGACGUUGACAGCCAGUUCGGCGAUAAUUACGUGUACGACUUGGAGCUUCUUCGUGCGAAAAUGAGCGGGCAUAUCCAGUACAGGGCCGACGACGAAGAGCAAGAAACAUAUGCUGAAUUCCUGUCCCGACUAUGUGCACUGAACCAUAACCGAUCGAUGACUGACGCCCAUAUCGCGCUUGUGAGGGCAUGGAAGCAGUUCCUGAAGGUAUACGCGACCAUGUACCUGGCUGGCCCUGGUGAAUCCAAGGGACGUACGGCGCCAACGGAGACGAAGCUGUCGGCGAAUCAGAUAUAUCAGCUGAUCACAAGGUUAACGGAAACAUUGGUGAACGACCACAGGACAGAUGGGGCCGCCAUUACUUACCGGACGGAAAUCAGCAACCUACUGUUGUUCCUUGUUGCGGUCUGGGACGACCUAAUAAAGGAACGCCCUCUGGACACAAACGCCAAAGAAGCGGCGGAUAUCGUGAAGCGUCUGCAUCAUUGUAUGUCGGCGGAGACGUAUAUCUUGGGGCCGAGGGGAACGUUAUCGGAAUACCCUUUCCAUGUCGAGCUAUUGGCUGCCAUCGGGGCUGGCCUGAGGACGUUGAGGGCAAACACCCAGGAUGGGAAGACGAAGGUUGCACCAGAAAUUCGGGAAACGAUGCAAUUGCUCCUUCCCGUCGUGAGCAAGGGCCUAUCACUGUUGCUGAAAGGUCUCGGACCGGAGCAAUAUAUUAAACAGCAACGCGAAGUCAAUGUUACUCUCACAUGCUUUACCGAGAUAAUGGGGUUUAGCGAGUAUCUCGACCCAACCUCAGCCAUCGCAACAAUGGAUCGCUAUGAAGUGGUGCAGCUUCUUGUCGUAGUCCUGCAAAAAGCGGUUUCGGAGACCUUUGAGGAGUGGCCGAUGUUCGCACACGACCUCCUGUUCGCCAUGCUUGCCAUCGCUGAAACCCCGCUGGGCGCUGAGCGCCUGGCCGCGGAAAACAUCGUCGUUUACCUGUCCAACAAUUCCAUGACGCCUGCGUUGAAUCAGGGCCUGAUCUCACCGUACAUCGACACGCAACGGCGCAAUCCCUGGCACAAGGUAUGGUGCGCCAUGCUGUCCCUCUCCACCCGCGUUGUCCAGUUCCUGGGAUACAAUCCCACACUCGUAGAAGAAGCUACAGGCUUCAUCAGGGUGUAUCAGACCCAAAUCACUAAAGCCAUCGACGUCAGGGUGGAUGGGAACAUUCCGCUAGCGAGGAUUGAGGAGAUACUGAGGAUCAGCGAACUGUUCUACACCCUGUGUUCAUGGGCGAAUCAGCCCGAUGCGGAGCUUGACGCUAUGGCAGGGAACAGCGGUGGGGCGGAUUAUGCAAUCCUGGACGCUGUCAUUGAGUUGGCUCUGCAAGUGCUCGGCUACUUUGCGUUCUUGUUAGACAACCCGUACGAGAUGCACCACCGAAUCGCUUCCGUCGGGACUGGCGUUGGGUUGGCCGGACUGGGGAGCGAUUGGGAUCUUUCAGCAGUCCUGCCAUUGUCUCAACAACAACAAAAAGCUGCGACGAAUCGCACGACCACCGCUGGCGAAUCCGACUCCUCCCAACAAGGAAUACCGUCCACGCAACUGUCCAUCGACGCAACCCGCAGUCUCCUUCUCGUCGUGCGCAAUUUUGUCGGCUACUUCCGCCUGUACCUCGAUGCAGACCAUCUACUCGUCACGAAAGAAGAGCAGGACUGGGAUCGCAAGCAUGUCUUUGAGGCCACCAUGUCCGUGCACGGCGGGCAAGGGGCCACGAUGGGAACCCUGUUUGGGCUCGUGCGACGGAUGAACGCGUUACUGUCGAAGGACGGGUCGGGCGCCGCCGCUAGUGGGGAGUCCAACAACGGCGGGAGUGAGGUUGACAAGACCCUGCAAGACGCCGCGAACGCGCUCCCGCCGAUCGAGCUCGUCCUCAUCGGCGAGUCGGCGUUCACGCUGGCCAUCACUGAGUUUGCAUUGUACAAGCGGGCGGCUGAGACGGAUGAGGUUUUGAAGGAGUUGAGGGGAGAGGCGGAUGCUACGUUUAAGGCGACCGAGGCUGCAUUACGGGGGUUGAGCGAACGUCAGGGUCGAGGAAGUGAGAAGGAAAAGAAGGAUGCGGAGAAGGCAUUGGCUUUCUGCAAGAUUCUUGAGAAGUUUUGGGGCUCGGUGAAGUAG